AUGCUUCAGAAGGGCCACGCCUCGGAUGGCCGACAGGGCCAUAGCAACGUGGCCAACUGGGCCAAACGUCGCCUGGGCAAAGGGGGCUUGUUUGCGGACGAAGUGGGCGCUUUGGCGGUUCCAGUGAACGAGCUGCUGAGGGACUACAUGGGACGACAGCAAGAGAAGCAUUGGUGGCUGGCGCUGCUGGUGAAUCCCAGAGGAGCGUGUCCUAAAGAUGGUCCGGUCACGGAGCACGUCAGCGUGAGUUGCUUAGACUCUUUUGCCCGGACGGGCAUGCGCUACAAGCCUCCCCGGCGAGCGUUGAAGAUGGAGAAGGAGACGCGCAAUGAGGCCUACUUCGUGGAAGUCAGUAGCUUCAGCCGUUCGGGCUUUGUGGCCUUGAUCAACUUCCGACCUCUGUUGGACCCCAGGCUGUCGCGCUUGGAGUUCGGACAUCGUGUCAUCAAGGAGCCGGAGCUGGACUUGAAGGUGCGCAACUAUGGAGACCAUGGGGUGCCAGGCGUGUUGGAAGGCACACUGGAGUUCGCCUUUGAUUCAUCCACCAGGAUUUGUGGAGAGUAUACCCUCCACUAUGCAGGUGUGGCGGAGUACAAGCGCCUUGGUGAAGUACUUUGGAUCGUGCAGCAGAUGGUAGAGGGCAGCAGACUUUUUGAAGUGAAGCUAGAACAAGGGCCUCCGCUCAAGUUGGAGCUCCGAAGAGAACCCAACCAGUCACAGCAGCAGGCGGCGAGACUCUUAGGGGGCUAUUGUGGCAAAGAAUGCGAGAUCCAUGCGCCUGCGGACGGUCAGCCCUAUGCCGAUGAGAAAGUCGCUGCCGGCUUACAGCUCCCUGAUACACCUCAGCAGGAGAUCCCUAUCGAGAGUGCACACGACUGUGGCUUCUUCAUCCUGGAGCAGGUGCUGCGACUCCUUCAACUGACCCCUACAGCGCUGCGCUCGUUGGCAUCGAAGAGUACCGAGGAGAUCGCAUCCUUGCCUUGGCCUGCGCAGAGGGAGGUGGUGAAGCGGAAGAAGAAGCUGCGCGAGGUCACGGCCGACCUGUUCGUGGCCUCGCGGCGGCAGAACACCAGCGACGUCGAGGUGCUUCUCAAGAACGAUGAAAUCUUGCGGAAGAAGUUACUGCUGGCCAUGUGGGAGGGGCCUUACUUUGCCCGAGCUGUGGCGAAUGUGAUUGGAAUGGAUCCAGGGCCUUUGCCGGAGAUCCCGACCCUUCCGAAGGAGGAGGAGCGCCAAGCGAAGGAGGAAGAGUCCGAGGAGUCUUCCAGCGAACGGAGCAGUUCGCGCGCGCGGAGCAGCAGCCCCCUUGGACGCUCAGCGCGGGAAAGCAGCAGUUCGUCGCGCGGGAAGAAGCGGAAAACCCGUCGCUCAGCCAGCCGUGCCUCCGAGCCUAAGCGCCGGCGCCACCACGAGGGCCACGGCCACGCGUCGCGGCCGCACGUGGCGCGGCCGCCGCCGGCGCCGAGCUUUACGAAGGAUGAUCUGCAAGGAUAUCCCUCGAAGACCUUGCGAAACAUGUGUGUUCAGUACAAGGUGCUGCCGAUUGGGAUGGUGGAGCGUACGGAUCUGCUGAAAGCCCUGGAGCCACUUGCAGUGGUCAAGAGUGCCUCGUCUUCCUGCGCCACUGCGCGCGCGGUGGAAAGGCACGACGUCGAUCGCAUCGGAUGGGAGGACGCGAAUCGAUCGCAGCGCACGAGCGAGACACGCGCAGAAGAUCCGGUACAGGGCUUUGGCUUCGGGAGCCGCUGGGACCGGGAUUCACCACGGAGCGGGGCGUCUGGGCACUUCCUCACUCUUCGGAACCAGCGUCUUCCCGAGCUCUACGGGUCCAGACCGGGCAACGGCGUCCGGAGUGACCUACCCAGCUUCACCACAGCAGACCUGGACACCAUGCCGAUCAGCAAACUGAAGAUGUACUGCAUUCAGUUCGGGCGGUUGCCCAGCGGUUCCUUAGAGAAGUCCGACUUGAAGAAGGCCUUGCUUCCCUUGGCGAAGGUGGCGCCCAAGCCUGUGACGCCUGCGGUGGUCAAGAAGGUCCUCCCAAGCUUCACUCUGGAGGAGUUGCAGACCAUGCCCAUCAGCAAGCUGAAGAAUAUCUGCCUUCAGUACGGCAGGAUGCCACAUGGCCCAGUGGAACGUACUGAUCUGGUGAGCCUCUUAAAGCCCUUCGCAACAGGCAUGCGCUCCGUCGCCAGCGCGCUGGGCGUGCCCAGCGCGCCCCUGGUGGGCGCCGCCAGCGCCAGCGGCGCCGGGAGCGCGACGGCGGCGCAGACCGUGGGUGGGAGCGCCACGCCGUCGAGCUUCAGUUUAGAAGAUCUGAAGACCAUGAGCAUGAAGAUGCUGAAGACGUUGCUUGAUCCUUCAGACGUGGCAGACGUGGCGUAG